ACAGGGGUCCGUUAGCAACAUCACUGUUGUAUCACACUAAAGACCUGUUGAUAUCAACAUCGAGCGAGCGGAUUUGAACAGGCUAGUUAACUUUUAACGGUAAAAACGACAAUGCGAGCUGUUCCCACAUGGAUAGACAAAGUGCACGACCGUGACAAAGUCGAGCAAUGUAUUUAUGACCUGGCCUUCAAACCAGAUGGCAGUCAGCUCAUAGUAGCAGCUGGAAAUAGAGUACUGGUUUAUGACACAGCAGAUGGAACACUUAUUCAGCCACUGAAAGGACACAAAGACACUGUGUACUGCGUGGCCUACGCUAAGGAUGGAAAACGAUUUGCAUCAGGCUCUGCAGACAAAAGUAUAAUCAUCUGGACAUCAAAACUGGAGGGCAUUCUCAAAUACACCCAUAAUGACUCAAUCCAGUGUGUAGCCUACAACCCCGUCACGCACCAGCUUGCCUCCUGCUCCUCAGGGGACUUUGGUCUUUGGUCUCCAGAGCAGAAAUCUGUCUCCAAGCACAAAGUCAGCAGCAAGAUCACAUGUUGUGGCUGGACAAACGAUGGCCAGUACCUGGCUCUGGGCAUGAUGAGCGGGGUUGUGAGCAUCAGGAACAAGAACGGAGAGGAGAAGGUGAAGAUUGAGCGGCCGGGGGGCUCCUCCUCUCCCAUCUGGUCUAUUGCCUGGAACCCGUCCAAGGAUGAACACCAUGAUAUCUUGGCGGUGGCUGACUGGGGACAAAGGCUGUCCUUCUACCAGCUCAGUGGGAAACAGAUUGGGAAGGACAGACAAUUGAACUUUGACCCUUGCUGCGUGAGCUAUUUCUCCAAGGGUGAGUACAUAGUGAUGGGCGGCUCAGACAAGCAAGCAUCCCUCUACACUAAAGACGGCGUCCGACUUGGAACCAUCGGAGAGCAGAACUCGUGGGUCUGGACCUGUCGCGUCAAACCAGACUCUAACUAUGUGGUGGUGGGUUGUCAGGACGGCACUAUAGCAUUCUUCCAGUUGAUCUUCAGCACGGUGCAUGGCCUAUAUAAAGACCGCUAUGCCUACAGAGACAGCAUGACCGAUGUCAUCGUCCAGCACCUCAUUACUGAGCAGAAAGUGCGUAUAAAGUGUCGCGAGUUGGUGAAAAAGAUCGCCAUCUACCGAAGCCGCCUCGCUAUCCAGCUACCGGAGAAGAUCCUCAUUUACGAACUGUAUUCAGACGACUCCUCUGACAUGCACUACCGUGUUAAGGAGAAAAUCUGCCGACGCUUCGAGUGUAAUCUGCUCGUUGUCUGCUCUCAACAUAUCAUACUCUGUCAGGAGAAGAGACUGCAGUGUUUGUCGUUUACCAGCGUGAAGGAGAAGGAAUGGAUCAUGGAGUCUCUGAUUCGCUACAUCAAAGUGAUUGGCGGCCCACCGGGGAGGGAGGGGCUUCUGGUCGGUCUGAAAAACGGAGCAAUUCUGAAGAUUUUUGUGGAUAACCCAUUCCCCAUCACCCUGCUGAAGCAGAACACAUCUGUGCGCUGCCUGGACAUGAGCACGUCCCGCAGCAAGCUGGCCGUGGUGGACGAGCACAACACCUGCCUGGUCUAUGACAUCCACACCAAAGAGCUGCUCUUCCAGGAGCCCAAUGCAAACAGUGUGGCCUGGAACACGCAGUGUGAAGACAUGCUGUGUUUCUCUGGCAGCGGCUAUCUGAACAUCAAGGCCAGUAAUUUCCCCGUUCACCAGCAGAAGCUGCAGGGAUUUGUAGUCGGCUACAAUGGCUCCAAAAUCUUCUGCCUCCACGUCUACUCAAUGGCUGCAGUGGAGGUGCCUCAGUCAGCUCCAAUGUAUCAGUAUCUGGAGAGGCGGAUGUUUAAGGAGGCCUAUCAGAUCGCGUGUCUGGGUGUGACUGACAGUGAUUGGAGGGAUCUGGCUACAGAGGCUCUGGAGGGACUGGACUUCGACACAGCCAAAAAGGCCUUUAUCAGAGUCCGAGACUUGCGCUAUCUUGAGCUCAUCAACAGCAUUGAAGAAAGGAAGAAAAGAGGUGAAAGCAACAGCGAGCUUUUUCUGGCCGACGUCUACGCUUACCAGGGCAAGUUCCACGAGGCCGCCAAACUCUACAAGAGAAGUGGCCAUGACAACAGAGCACUCACCAUGUACACCGACCUGCGCAUGUUUGAGUACGCCAAGGACUUCCUGGCCUCAGCAGAUCCGAAAGACACAAAGCUGCUGAUGAAGAAGCAGGCGGACUGGGCCAAGAACAGUAAGGAGCCUCGUGCUGCAGCUGACAUGUACCUGACUGCGGGAGAGAACAUGAAGGCCAUCGAGAUCAUCGGAGAGCACGGCUGGGUGGACAUGUUGAUAGAUUUGGCACGUAAGCUUGAUAAAGCGGAGCGCGAGCCGCUGGCCAGGUGUGCUGAAUUCUUCAAGAAGUUGGAUCACCAUGGUUACGCGGCCGAGACCUACUCCAAAAUGGGUGACCUGAAAGCUUUAGUGCAGCUGCAUGUAGAGGCCAGGCACUGGGAUGAGGCUUUCUCUCUGGUGGAGAAGCAUCCUCAGUACAAAGAUGAUGUUUAUGUGCCAUAUGCACAGUGGCUGGCCGAAAACGACCGCUUUGAGGAGGCCCAGAAAGCUUUCCACAAGGCUGGGCGGCAGGCAGAGGCUGUUAAGGUUCUGGAGCAGCUCACCCACAACGCCGUUGUGGAGAGCAGAUUCAAUGAUGCCUCAUACUACUACUGGAUGCUCUCCAUGCAGUGUCUGGACAUAGCACGAGAUAAUGAGGAGAAGAAGGAGGAGAUGUUGAAGAAGUUUCACAGUUUUCAGCACUUAGCUGAACUGUACCACGUCUACCACUCCAUCCAUCGCUACAUGGUCGAGCCCUUCAGUUCAAACAUGCCUGAGACUCUUUUCAACCUAUCAAGAUUUCUCUUCCACAACUUGACCAAAGACAUUCCACUGGGCAUCUCUAAAGUGUACACUCUGUAUGCUUUGGCUAAGCAGAGUAAAGCUCUCGGGGCCUAUAAAGUGGCCCGGCACGCCUUCGAAAAGCUUCAGGGCCUCAAGAUUCCUGCAAGAUUCCAGGAGAGCAUGGAGCUCAGCUGCCUCACCGUCCGGUCUAAACCCUACCAUGACAGUGAGGAACUGAUUCCGAUGUGUUUUCGAUGUUCCACCCACAACCCGCUGCUGAACAACCAGGGCAAUGUCUGUGUUAACUGUAGGCAGCCUUUCAUAUUCUCAGCCUCCUCUUACGAGGUUCUUCCCUUGGUCGAGUUCUAUCUGGAGGAGGGGAUCACUGAUGAAGAGGCCGUGUCUCUGAUUGACCUGGAAGUUCCUCGAGUGGACAGGAAGACAGCCCGCUGGCAGGAAAUGAGCAGCGGGGAAUCUCAGUCGCUAAAACUGGAUGAUGAUGAUGAUGUGGAAAGAACUGAGGUGGAUCCCUUUACUGCCAAACUGAGCUUCGAGCAGGGGGGGUGCGAUUUUGUUCCUGUUGUGGUCAGUCGUGCAGUGUUGAGGUCCAUGUCCAGAAGAGACGUUCUAAUAAAGCGCUGGCCAAAGCCACUGAGCUGGCAGUACUAUCGCUCUCUGCUGCCUGAUGUCAGCAUUACCAUGUGUCCAUCCUGCUUUCAGAUGUUCCACAGUGAGGAUUAUGAGCUCCUGGUUCUGCAGCACAAUUGCUGUCCUUACUGCCGCAGACCCUUCGACGAACCCGAACUAGCUUAGCAUAACAAAUCUAUGAGGCUGCUGUAUAGAUGGCAUAUUUACAGGAUCUAUGGAGAUGUGGUCUCUGUGGUGGUCAGUGAAUGUGUGUGCGUGUUGGGUGUUUGUGUGAUGAUAGGGUUUAGGUGGUGAUGAUUCUGAAGCCGUAAGAAAAGCGCCACCUCAGCCGAUCACUCUGAUAGGAUUAAAGGGAUCAGAACACUCAGCAAAAGGAGAUUACAGCGUUUGAAAGGUACUGGAGUGUGCAAGAUCUUUCACCAAGACUCUUUUAUAGGGACCUUUUCUCAGUCUUAAAAACAUUUUCCAUUGUUUUCCUUCAGAAAAUGAAAAAUGAGUGCAUAAAGGCCUUUUUGUGUGUGGUUUAUGUGUUCAUUGUUUAAUCUGAAGGGUUUUUUAAUAUCUGUUUUGAGGAUCUGUAUGAGGAAAAUGCAGAACUACCUUCCAUGUAUUUCACUAAUAUACUUAUACUAUUGUAUAUUAAAUGUUACCUUGUAAUAAGCUAAAUGUCUGUUCCUUAAACAUUCUACUAUUUUUGUAAUUUAUUCAGUUUCAAUAAAACCUUUUUUCAUAUGAA